AAUUUGCGGGAUCGAAAUAGAACAGCGAUGUUUGUUUUGCAGUGAUAGAGCGUCACGCUAGCUACGGAGAAACCAGAAAAAAACAGGAGCGUUCAAGUUUAUAGGAUUCAAAGUGUGAAAGUUUGUGAUCAAAUAUCCGUAGGAUUGACGAUCGUUGCGUUUAGCGCCCCAAAGUAUUUUAAUCUUUUUUUUUUCUUGUUCCGUUCAACGUAUGACUGACUUUUUAAAGACAGUGCACACAAAACUUGGCUAAGCAAACGCUAUAAGUUAAACAUGGCUAAAUGUACACUAUCCACAGUUGGAAGACUUCAAAUCGGUUGCCAAGGACAACGUUGACUCGUCAAAUUAACAUAUUAACAUUUGACGGCGUUGAUGUUAAAGUCAACAUGCCGAAGGGGCGGGCUGCAUACCCUAAUUACAACACAACCAGACUACUCGACGCUGUAACACGCAAUCUCUACUUUGAGCAUGAUAUUUUAACUUGCGUCAGGUGGAGGUCUGUGUGAUAAGAGUGGAGGCACAAUGUUGAAUGCCACAAACGGCGACCCCGGCCAUGUUGUUGUCAAUUAUGUGGAAGAGUACUUGGACUUGGUAGAAUCACUGCCCUUUGAUUUGCAAAGAAGUGUGUCCCUCAUGAAGGAAAUUGAUGCCAGAUAUCAAGAUGUUCUGAAGGAACUCGAGGAUGCCUACGAACGGUAUCGCAAAGAAUCUGACACUCCCCAAAGACGCAAACUGCAGUUGUCUAUCCAGAGGGCGCUGAUCCGCAUUCAGGAGCUCGGAGAUGAGAAGAUUCAGAUUGCUGGACAAAUGGUGGAGUUGGUGGAGAAUCGAACCCGGCAGUUAGACUGGCAUUCCCAACUCCUCCACUCCUCCCAAGAAGCUCCAGAGAGCCAGAUCGCCACGCCAACAUCCUUGGCAACCGCGGCAGCGUCCAUGAUCACGUCAUCCUCGUCUUCGUCCUCCGCCACCCCAAGCAAAACAGGCCACCACGACAAGAAACGUGAAGAGGUCACGCCGAGCUCAGCAGGGGGAGACAAGGCCAGCGGCAAGCGCUCCAGGAGGCAGAAGAACGGCGAGAGCAGGGAGAGCUACGGCGGCCUGGACACCGGAGAGGACAUUGGCGCCGGAGCGUCCCGGGAGAAGAGAGCAAAAACCUCAUCCAAGAAGAAAAAGAGGUCCAAGGGGAAGUCGGAGCGGGAGGUGUCUCCACCGGACCUGCCCAUCGACCCUGACGAGCCCACGUACUGCCUGUGCGAGCAGGUGUCCUACGGCGAGAUGAUCGGCUGCGACAAUGACGAGUGUCCCAUUGAGUGGUUCCACUUCUCCUGCGUCGGCCUCCAUCACAAGCCCAAGGGCAAGUGGUACUGCCCCAAGUGUCGUGGCGAGAACGAGAAGACCAUGGACAAAGCCUUGGAAAGAGCUAAGAAGGAGCGGGCAUACAACAGGUAGCUGACCCCGGCGGUCCAAGAACACUUCGACAUUUGAAGUAUUAUUACAACUAGGAUUUGUCCAUUGUUACUAAAUAGUUCUGUAAAUAGUUAUUUUUCUAAGACUGCCCUCACACUUGUCAGGGCAUUGUUCUGAAGCAGGGGUGGGGAACUGAGCAUUUGUGGAGUCAGUUUUAACGGUUCUUUAGAGGUGUUAUUUGUUUCGAUAGUGACAAGGUGGAUCCAAUGCUCUCACAGGUUCCUCACCCUUGUACAAUGGGCAUGUUAGUAAGCAGAUAUCCUGCACUUGUCCAUCUUGUUACCACAUGCAUGCGGCAUCUCCCAUUCAACUGUGUCCACUUAACAAAUAAACCACCCUUGGAUCGAC